AUAAAUACCUGCAUUUAGCGAAAUUAGGGUUUUUAGGGUUCUACUUCGCAGCGUUGUCGUCCUCUGUUGUGUAGUGAGCGAGAGCAAAAGCUCGAGAUCGUCGGCGAAGAUGGUAAAGGGACGCCAAGGAGAAAGAGUCAGACUCUACGUCAGAGGAACAAUCCUCGGCUACAAGAGGUCCAAGUCCAACCAAUAUCCAAACACGUCCCUUCUUCAGAUCGAGGGAGUGAACACCAAGGAGGAAGUUGCUUGGUAUGCCGGUAAGCGAUUAGCGUACAUUUACAAGGCCAAGGUGAAGAAGAAUGGAACCCAUUAUCGUUGCAUUUGGGGCAAAGUCAUCAGGCCUCAUGGAAACAGUGGAGUAGUCCGUGCUAAGUUCAAGUCCAAUCUGCCUCCUAAAUCUAUGGGUGCUAGAGUAAGAGUAUUCAUGUAUCCCAGCAAUAUUUAAGUUCCUCUGGAUUUAAUGCAAGAAAUUUGUUCACAUGGGGGAUCUACAUUUGUUCUUAUGAACCGAAGUUAAAUGUCUUGUUUGUUUUAGAGUUGAGCCAGUUUUGUUUGUUUAGUAUGCUGGAUAAAGAUUUUUCAAAACUCUUUAUAACUAAUUUCUGAUUCGUAAUUUUCCAAAUUGCUCCCCUUUUGUUUUGCAUACUAAGAUGUUUUCGUUGGACCAAGCAUAAAGUUUAAUUGAAUGCAGAUAUGUUCAGAUCA